AUGGGCACCUUUGGGGAGGAGGACAGCUGGAGCCUGUCCUUCAGCGGAGCAGCCUUCCUGGGGCUCUACCACGUGGGUGUGGCCCAGUGCCUGCGAGAGCGCGCCCCGCGCCUCCUCCAGGGCGCCCGCCGCUUCUACGGCUCCUCCUGCGGGGCGCUCUGCGCCAUCUCCCUCAUCCUGGACAAGUCAGCCGACUUCUGCUGCGACCAGCUCCUGGGCCUGGCCAAGCAGGUGGAGCAGCUGAGCCUGGGCAUCUUCCACCCGGCCUUCGCGCCCAUCGAGCACAUCAAGCAGCAGCUGCAACACAUUCUGCCCAGCAACGUCCACAUCCUGGCCUCGCAGAGGCUGGGCGUCUCACUGACCCGCUGGCCGGAUGGCCACAAUGUCAUCAUCACAGACUUCGCCAGCCGUGACGAGGUCAUCCAGGCCUUGAUCUGUUCCCUGUACUUCCCUUUCUACGGCGGGGUGAUCCCCCCCGAAUUCAGAGGGGAGCGCUACUUCGACGGGGCUCUGAGCAACAACUUGCCCUUCGGGGACUGCCCCUCCACCAUCACUGUGUCACCCUUCUCCGGGACAAUGGACAUCUGCCCCCAGAGCACCUCGGCCAGCAUGCUGGAGCUGAACACCUUCAACACCAGCUUCCAGAUCUCCACCACAAACAUAUUCCUGAUCUUCACCUGCCUGCUGGCCCCCUGCCCCGAGGUAUUGGCCCACCACUGCAGACAAGGCUACCUGGACGCCCUGAGGUUCCUGGAGAGACGCGGACUCACCAAGGAGCCAGUGCUGUGGAUGUUGGCAUCUAAGGAGCCCCCAGCCCCAGCUGAUGGGACCUGGGACACUGGUCAUGACAGAGGACAGGAGGCGGGCCUGUCGCUCAACUGGGCAGUGCCUAACGUGCUAGUCAAGAACGUGCCCAACUUCGAGCAGCUCUCACUGGAGCUGGAGACUGCGCUGAAGAAAACAUGCAGGAGGGACCCCGGCGCCUGGGCCCGCUUCCGCCGGUCGAUGCCCGGGAAGGUGCUCACGUGCCUGCUGCUGCCCUACACGCUGCCCUUCGAGUACGUCUACUUCCGGAGCAGAAGGCUGGCAGUGUGGCUGCCCGACGCGCUGGCUGACUUGCAGUGGAUACAGGGCGAGCUGAGGGGCUUGGCCCUUGGGGUGUACUCCAGGGUGAAGGACCAGCUCCUCGGGCUGCUCAGCCUGCCCGUCACCAGCCCUCUCCAGCUGGAGGCAGCUCCUCCCAAGGACCUGGCCAAGAAGCCCAGCCCCGCCCUGCCCAUCAGGCCCAAGUGA